CUCAGUCGGUAGAUCUAAGCCAUUCUCUAUCUAUCUUUUUAGAGAGCUUUGAAGCAUCCUUUAUUUGGAUCUUCAAAGCCAUUCCUAGAUUUCACAAAAAUGAUCUUCAACUCAUGCAUCAGCUUCUUCUGUUUCAGAAAAGUAGUUGUUUUGUUUCUUUUGAUCUCUGCUUGUAUGCUUGUUGAGUCUGUUUCUUCUGAUGAAUCCCAUCAGCACCAGCUUCAAAGCAAGCAGCACUUUCUUGGUGGGAGAAGAUCACUGUUUGAGACCGAUGAGUUUGAUGAGAAGCCUCAGAAGCCAAAGAAGAAAAGCAAUUCUGGUUCUUCAUCAUCAUCUUCUUCUACUUCUUCCUCCAAAAAUCAGACUAAACUUGUUAAAUCUAGCUUAUCCACCAUUCCCAAAAACAAAACCAUCAAGCUUCAGAAAUUGAAACCUUCAAAUUCCACAAAGCAAUCUCUCACAAAUUCAUCAAAAUCUGAUCUCAAAAAGCUUAACUCCUCCACUUCAAAACCAUUGAAAACCUCAGAUCCACUCAAAACAAAAUUUCCCACAAAACAAACACAAACUCUUCUCGAGAAGAAAGACACAACAAAGCUGAAACAAAUCCCCAAACAAAAACAAAAACAACCCAAUUGGCUGGAGGAUGAAGACGACGAUUUGGUAUCGGAAUUCAGAGACCUCCCCAACAAAUUUCAACAGACCUUAUUGCCAGACCUGGAGAGAAUCUCAUCGACCUCAAAAGCUUACAUAAACAAGUAUAACAAAGAAAUCACAAAAGGGUUUAAGCCCAUUGUUGGCCACAAAUACGCUUCCACGAUUGCUUCGAUUUGUUCUUUUGUUUUCAUUUUAGUCCCUUUGGUUUUAGUUUCCCUCAUCUUCACCCGCAUCAAGGCUUAUUUUUCUAUCCAAAAGAUCCUCAUUUUCGUCCAAGUUUACCUCUCAAUCUACUUCUCGAUUCUGUGCUUAUCGGCUCUGGUCACGGGGCUCGAGCCGCUGAAGUUUUUCUACGCUACAUCGCAGUCCACUUACGUAUGUUUACAGGUCCUUCAAACUCUGGGCUAUGUAUUGUACUUGUUGCUGCUUUUGAUGUAUUUGAUUCUUGUUUUUUCGACGGACUGUGGGCUUGGCUCGAGGAUGUUGGGCCUGGCCCAAACGAUUGUCGGCUACGCCGUUGGGCUUCACUACUACGUGGCGGUGUUUCACAGGGUGGUUCUUCAUCAACCUCCCAAGACAAAUUGGAAGAUUCAUGGGAUUUACGCCACGUGUUUCCUUGUGAUUUGUCUUUUUGCUUCGGCGGAGAGGAGGAAGAAGGCUUACUUGGAAGAAGGCGGUGAAGAAGGCAAGAAAAGCUAAGUUUUUUUAAAGGUUAAUUAAAUUUUAAUUAAUUGAGAAUUAGUUGGAUUAAAUUGCAUAAGGUAUAAUCUUGGCCAAUCAAAAGAGAGAAAAAAUUGUAAUAAUCAUUUUGAUUGGUCGAGAAAUACAAAUAUUUUUCUUUAUUAUCCACCUUUUUAUAGUUGUUUUUAUAAUUAUAUUUAUAAAAACAAAUGUCAGAAAGCACUUUUGAUAUUAUUUAUUUUAAUUUUGAAUAAUAAAAAGUUGUACAACUAUAAAGUAGGAGCAUUUGGCA